AAGAGGUGGGAACUCUGGGGACGCCAUGUUGAGAGCAGCAGGACGUCGCAUGUCUGGGACCUCCGGAGACGUUCCAGCGGCUGCGCCUCGCCGAGAGCAUGCUGGGGAUGCCCGCACUGCCCCGAGCGGCCGCUGGAGGCCCGAGUCAUGGCCCAGAAGCAAGGCGCUCGGAGGAGGGCCGGUGUGGUCAGUCGGUGGGGGUUCGGGGCCACCGCACGGUUUGGGGACUCGGCUCGCUCUCCGAGGACGUCUCGGGCGACAGGCUUCCAGGGUCCCAAGACCCUGAGGUGACGGGCCGUGCGGUGAGGACGCUGGGGAUGCCACGGUCGCCGCACGGUCCGUCUUCAGAGGCUCAGGCGCUGCUCAUCACGGAGCACACGAGCGGGCUCUGGCUCUCGGACGGGGCGAUGCCGGCCGCGGACGCGGGUGCGGGCAAGGGCGACCGCGCCGAGCCUCCGAGCACGCCGCCGAGCGGGCACACCGCGGGGGGCUGGUCGUGCGCCCGUGCGUCCAGGGGGCAGCUGUGCGAGGGCACGAGGCUGGGCGUGGAGUGCCAAGGCGAGGCAGUCCCUGGCCCAAAAUGGAGGCUGGAGGUGAGGAACACCUUCAUCACGAUCGUCUUCCUCGGCGCGCCAGGGAGUUGCCGACCCCUGGGCCGUGCCCUCUCCUCCCCGGCGGCGCCGCGCCGUCGCUGAAGGUUUGGCAGUUUGCUCGUGGUGGUUGGAGGCCCCACGAGCUGCGCACGCGGAGGCUGUGUCGGAGGGGUGGCGGGGGGAUGCGCGGAGGAGGGGUUUUGGCGGACGAAGGAAGCUACAGCACGCGGAAGAGGGGCGGGCUGCACAGAGACAGCCCCCCCCAUAAUUAGUCAAACACGGGGUCGUCUGCGCCGACAUUGACCGGUUUUUGAUCGUCGCUCAAAUGGGCCCGUGAUAGAGACCCUAAUCAGUGUGUGAUGCGGCGCUGCAUGCGUGCUCGUGUCUCACCUGGUCACCGCUAUCUGGCCUUUGGAGGUUUUGGUGUCACUCGUCUGUUUGCGUAGACAUUCGCUGGCUUGAAUAUUUUUUGUGAUGUCUUGGAAUAUCAGUGUUCUAUACCAGGUAGUUUCGCUAAACAGUAUUGCCAGGAAGUCCCCAGGCCGCGCGUCGUACCUCUUUGCGCCAUCUCGUCGAGUUCGCCUGCAAGCAGUUAAGCUGUGAUUUUGACGUCUGCGGCUAGGUCAGGAGGUGAUACACCGUUGGCCCUUGACUAUAUGUUGCACGCUCAAUUCUCCGGCCCCUCUUCUCGAAGAACAAAAUGCCCCAACAUGGUUGGUAUGCUAUCACAGCGUGAGGAGGCAACACGAGAACGGUCCGGGCACGUACCAGCAGGACCCGAGACGCCUCAAGAGAGUUCUUAUUUCUGCCGUAUAUAUUUCUGCCUCCUGUCUCUGUCCUUCCUCGUCCCUCCUACACGUGCUCCGCCAGCCGGCGUGACAGCGCGUGCAUGCCGUUUGAAGGCAGUUUUCUCUCCGUGCUCCGUUACCGCUCCUUCGUUCUGCACGUGCUCCGCCAGUUGGCGUGUCAGCGCGUACAUUGAAUAUCACGGCUGUGUUCCAUCCUUCGUCCGUCUUAUUCGAUCUUUUUGAAAGUGUCCGCCACUUGGCGCGACAGCACGUGAAGUAUGUUUUAUAUAAGGCAGUUUGCUCUCCGUCCUCUGGCAUUCCUCGUUUCUUCUGCACGUGUUCCGCCAGCUGGCGUGGCAGCGCGUGCAUUCUAUUUCAGGGCAGUUUUUGUCCCGUCCCUCGUCAUCCCUCGUGCCUCCCGCACAUGUUCGGCAAGACAAGCCAAGAACAUGUGACGACAUCCAAAGACCAGCAAACUACGGCCUCGACAUUUCAUCAGAAAGCCAGGCACGCUGGCGGAUAUGCAUUUGUAUACAGGAGCAGUCGAGAAGGCAUCUUGUCUUCAGCUGUCAGAUACGACUGGAAAUGCACGCUGGUCGAGCGCCUUGUUGAGGGUUUCGAAGCGCUUUCGUAUGCCCUAGCGGAUGGGACACUUGAUGGCGUAGUGCCCGUCCGCUUGAUUUGGACCUGAUUUUCCCCCUCUCCUCUUCUUUCCUCCUCGACCUCCUUUCCACAUCCAGCAUGCUGCAGCCGACCGUGCACUUUGCAGUCUGAACAGCCGUCACCAGCGUGCGCAGUGCACGUGGGUGACGCUUUCAAUCUACCUGGUGGGCGUCACCCUUCACCGUCUCCCCGUUUACCUGGAGGUCGAGGGUUCUCCGUUGGUUUGUAAACUUGUCCCCUUGUGCCAUGUUCGAGGGGGGCUUGCGGAAUCAGCCUCGACGGAAAUUUGAUGAAAUAUUGUUAAUAUUGUUCACCAGUUACUGGAGAUCUUGGCACGCCCUGGCCCGUUGGGCCGGCGAAUUCUCCUCUUGAUCCUCCUCUUCUUCCCUCCCCUCCUCUACU